CAAAGCUCUUCAAUUCAAGAGAAUCCUCAUCUUCUUGGUUCUUCACUCAUCCUCGCUCAAUGACCAUGGCCAGUAUGGCAGUCCUACCGCCGCUCGCAGUCGCUCUCAUCUUUUUCGCAACCCUCGCUCCUCCAGCCCAUGCGCUCAUCCCAUUCCCAAGGUCGUCGUCGCUUUGGGACCUCAUGUCUCUCCCCGAUGACCCUUUCCGAGCCCUCGAGCACGCUCCGCUCUCCCUCCCCAAGGGCGUGCCCGACGCGGACGCUCCCCUGCCCCUCCUAGCUCGUGCUGACUGGAAGGAGACGGCAACUGCCCACAUUAUCUCGCUCGACCUCCCUGGGAUGAAGACGGAGGACGUCAAGAUUGAAGUCGAGGACAACCGGGUCGUCCGGAUCAGCGGAGAGAGGAAGGUCGAGGACAGCGAAGGAGACAAGUGGCACCGAGCCGAGAGGGCGAGCGGCAAGUUCUGGAGGCAGUUCAGGUUGCCCGCGAACGCUGACCUGGACAGCAUCAAGGCUCGUCUCGAGGACGGCGUCCUCAGGAUCACCAUCCCCAAGCUCGGCGACGACAGGAGGAGGCAGCCCAAGGUGAUUCAGAUUGCCGAGUCCGAGCCAGAGUCAGCUUCUACGUCACCCGCCGAGAAGGCCGACAUGUGAGAAGCUCCAGGUUGACUGUUUGAUGCGAGUCUUCCAGUUUCAACCGUUACAAGGAAUAAUGUUUUGUGUUGGAUGAACGAUAUGCUUUGGGCC